UGACGCAGGUUUGGAGUUGCAGGCAUGACACGUCUAUUGCGCUUCUGCACGUCCAGGAUCAUCGGCGAUAUUGUGAAGUUUAUUGAACCCAGUGUUACCCUGAAAGUCCGCAGUACUUCGUUAUUUACCUCGUUUUUCUGCAGGAAUUUUACUGACAGCGGCACCGACAUGGAUCUGAGCAACAUGAGAAAGAGCUAUAAGAGCGAUCAGGAGUGUUUUGAGGAGGAUCAGCUUGCUUCUUUAGAUCCAAUCAAGCAAUUCGGCACCUGGUUCGAUCAAGCCACUAAAUGCCCUGAGGUGGGCGAAGCCAAUGCAAUGUGUCUUGCAACAGCCACCAAGGAUGGUCGGCCCUCUGCACGCGUGGUUCUUCUAAAAGGCUACAGCGAGGAGGGAUUUCGCUUCUUUACCAACUAUGAGAGUCGGAAAGGUACAGAGCUGGAGAGCAAUCCCCAUGCCUGUCUUGUAUUUUACUGGGAGCCAUUAAACAGACAGAUUCGCAUCGAAGGCACUGUAGAGAGAAUCCCAUAUGAGAUUUCAUGUGAUUAUUUCCACUCAAGGCCCAAGAGCAGUCAGAUCGGUGCUGUUGUUAGCAGGCAGAGCACAUUAAUACCAAGCCGACAAUACCUGAGAGACAAGAAUGCAGAGCUUGAGGAAAAGUAUACGAACACGAAUGUACCGAUGCCAGAUUACUGGGGUGGAUACAUAGUGAAACCCCACCUGAUUGAGUUCUGGCAGGGUCAGACCAAUAGAUUACAUGACCGAAUAGUCUUUUUGCGGCCAAAAGAGGGAGAGACUGAGCUGGGGGAUAUGCAGCAUCAAGCUGAGGGAGGCUGGAUAUACCAACGCUUAUCCCCCUAAUAGAGGACAUGCUGUGAAAUCCACAUCAUCGUCUGUGACAUCAAUACAUCAUCAUUACUUGACAGCAACUGAUAGUGCCACCAGGGCAUCAACUGACUAAUGAACUGACUAAUGAAGACUUAUCACUGCAUAUUCGUCCUGCAUUCGUAUCAUCUUAACCAAACCAGGAGGGAGAUUUAUAUGUUGACAACUGCAUACAUGAUUUUAUGAAUAUAAAUCAUAUUGCAUUACAAAAUGGAGUUGCGUUGCAGCAUUUUUAAGCCUUCAAGACUGAGUUUAACACAUUCUAAUCUAUUACUUGUAAGUGCAAAGUCUGAUGUUU